AAGCCCCGUCGAUCUUUUGUUCCCUUUAAACACCCUUGACCACCGCAUAACACACUCCAAUCACUCAGUGACUUCUUGCCGUUUGAAGAGGGCAACAGCAGCGGUUCGAUACCCAGGACUAAUUCCAGAAUAUAUUCAUGAAACAAUUACUCAUCUUUUUCUGUCUAUUCUACCAAUCUUGGGCCUUGAGAUGCUACAAUUGCGAUGGGAGCGCAGAAUUCUGUAGCACCAUGGUGACCUCUGGUUGGUCGCCUGCUCAAGUUCGAGAUGCUCGGUGUCUGAUUGCUUACGGAGAUGGCUCUCUUCACAUUCGAAGACUGACAAGUAUUGGUGAUUGCACCAACCCCGACAUCGCCGAAGGUUACCGCGAGGAAGGCAAAUACAACGAGGUGACCGUUCAAUGCUGCCAGAGCAAUGAUUGCAACAGCGAUUGGGACACCGCCGGAGGUCCGGCCACAGACCGGUCCACCGGCAUUCGAAGUGAUAGUACCGGGAGCGGAAGUAAUAUCACCGGCCAAAAUGCGGCUAGAACCCAAGAAGCGUUCUCCAGCUUUAUCAUCAUGGCCGCAGGGCUGGCAGCGGUCUUACAUUAGCAAUAAAACAAAGAAAGUGCUCCUUUUAGGGCA